GCGAACUCGCGUGCCGUGCCUACGCGGCUUCUUAUCAAUAGUCAAACAGACUACUCGUAACAUAUCAUCGCGUUUACUUUUAACCAAAAAAAAAAAAAAAAAAAAAUAGUCAACCCUUCAACAAACGAUUACCAUAAGCGACAAAUAAAUUUUAUUUUAUUUGAAAAAAAAAUAAUUUAAUUUGAUGAAAUAAGUGUCGAAAGGAAUAUACAAAAAAAAAAAAAAGCCCAAUCAUUUUUAUGACUGGCAUCAGCAAAUGAUUUAUUGAAAAUAAAAUUGUUGAUAAUAUUUUUUUUAAUUGUGUUAAUGUGAAUUACAUUUAGAUAGAUUAUUGCUAUCGUGUAUUGUGAAUUUGGUUGGAUGAAUAUUGUGAAAUUAUAUCGCGAAAUACAUACACAUAUUUGUGUAGGUAAAAAUAUAUUAUUGAGAUGUAAAAGUGUGAAUGAAAGGUAGUUGGGAUAAAACGCGAUUUUCAAAAAGUUUUUGAUUAUUUAUCCAAUCAUCAGUUGAUUGGUUUUCAAGUUAUAAAUAUUAUACACAUAUUGCUUUAUGAACUUGUUAAAUUUUUUAAUUUCAUACUCGUAACAUAUACUGUAAUUAAAAAUAACAUUUCACGUUAUUUGUGAAGAAUUUAUUUUUCAAUAUAUAAAAUCAUGAUGUUACAUAAUAUCCUGGAUCAAUAUAAAAACUCAAAAACUAAAUAAAUACCAUAAAAUACAGUUUAAAUUAAAUUCCAAAUUUUGUUUGAUUUAUAAAAAAUAAUAAAAAUUAAACUUUGAAUAUAAAAAAAAAUCUCAUAACAAAGUAAAUAAAAAAAUAUAUAUGUGAAGUGAUAAAAUCAUUGCGAUAAAAUCAUAGUGACCCCAAUAAAAAAAAUGUAGCAAAGAAAAAAAAAGAUUUAUAAAUAGUGAGAAGAAAAAAAAAAUAAUAAUCACAAAAAAAUGAAUAAAAUAUUGCAUGUUGGUUUAAUCACGAAAGGGUUGACACGAAAAUUUGCGAUUAAAAAUUAAUGCUUAUACUAAUAAAAGGUAUAUAAUUUAAUGACGAUUGGUUUAAAGUAAAAAUAAAAAAAAAAUAUAUAAGUUUUAAACUUUAAGUUAGUGAGACACAGUGGUGAUAAAAAGAAUUGUUUAUGUAUGAAAUUUAGUAAGCAAAAAUAGGAAGAGUGGAGAAAGAAGAGACACGUUAAUUAAAAAAGCGCAAGAGGUCUGAAAGUACAAGUGGAACCAGUACCAUCCUCUUUUGCCCUAAAAAAAAAAAUAUAUAUAAAAUAAAAAAAAAAUAUACUCGCUGACGUUGUACACCCUUGGGACAAAUGACAGAUAUUAUCAUCAGCAACAAGAACAAAGCCAUGAUUAAAAAAAUAAAAAAAUAUCAGUUAAAAAAGUGAAUAAACAAAAGGAUUGGUGUCAAAUGAGAGACACCAAAAUACUUAUUAUCAUGACAAUAAUUAAAAAUGCGAAAAACAACGGGCAAUGGAUUAAAAUUGGAUUUAACAGAAAAUACACCAGGUAGCUCAUCAUCAAGGCUACCAAAUUUAGUUGAGCAUGUUGAAAGUAUUGGUAUUACAAGUAGUGAAAAUUUAAAUAGUAAAUUGCCAAACGUUGUUGAAGGCUCCAUGGACUAUGGUACCGAGCAUAGAUCAUCUCGUUACAUGGAUUACGAGUCUAAAAAUUAUCAAGACACCAGUCAGCUGGAUGACACAUAUGUCGAUGGCAUUGGUGGUACAACAAAUGGUUAUAAUUAUGGUAGUAAUGUUGAACAUUCAUACGUAACACGUAGUUAUGAUAGAAAAUUACCAAGUGGUGGAUAUGAACGUGAACAUUUAGAACGUUAUGAUAAUCGUAUUUAUCCAACAGAUGAUAAUUAUCAUUAUGAUAGAAGACAAGAUAGAACAUAUCAAGAAUCUGAUAUUGACAUUGGAACAUAUGAUAGAAAUGAACAAUUACGUAGCUAUCAAGAAAAAGAUAAUAAUAAUCGUAGAUAUUCACGUGAUUUAACUGAUUAUGAUUAUGCAUCAAGAUACGCUGAAGAAACAUUAAAACUUGAGCCAAAAAAAGAUCAUCGUAAUACUGGUAAAUUAUAUGAUACAAAUAAAAAUUAUGGUACAAUUAGUAAAAAUGGUUAUGAGUCUGGUAUUAAAACACGUGAUUCAUCAUAUGAAUUGGGAAGUUGUUCAAAUCAAACAAAAUAUGACAACAAAUAUCAAACAAGUAGUGGUAAAUUAUAUGGUACAUUACCAAGAUUUGAUACAACAAAUAAAACAUAUGAUACAUAUGAUUCUGCUGGCAGAUCAUAUGGUUGGAAAUAUGAUGAUCAAUCAUAUGACAGUGGUGGCAAAGAUUAUCAAACAUCAAAAUGUGAAUUAAGUACAUCAAAAAGUUAUAUACAUGAACGUUCAAAAUAUGAGCCAAUAUCACGUUAUCAAGAUACAUCAACAAAAUCAUAUGAUCAAACAUUAAAAAUUAGUGAUAUUGGCUCAACAUCUGGUCUUUAUCAACGUAAAAAUAAUACUGAUACAACAGCAACAGCAGCAACAAAAACAACAACUGGUACAAAUGAAAAAACAAAUGGUUAUAAAAAAAAUAAUUUUGAAGCUUAUGGUGUUUAUUCAGAUCCUGAGGAUGAUCAUGGAUUUCGUACUGAUAAAAAAACACCACAAUAUACAUAUAAAGGUGUUGUUGUUAAUGUUGCUGGUGAAUCAACAGUUGUUGAUCAAAAAAGAACAAAAGAAAUACAACAAAAUAGCGUUGAUAGUAGUCCCUGGUGUCGACCAACAAUUCUCAUACUACUUUUGAUACUUCUCAUCGUGAGCUUUGUUCUUGUCUCUGGUAUACUUCUCUACGUAAAUUAUAUGCCGUAUAAACCACGGCAUCCAGUACCAGAGGAUAAGGAUCGAUUUUUUGCAAGUAAUAACUCGGAAUUAUGUGAGCAGACUUAUUGUUCUUGGGGUGCACUUUGUGUUGUAUCAGAAAGUGGUCGACCACUUUGUAAAUGUCCUGAAGAUUGUCCCUCAGUAUCAAAGCCUGUGUGUGGUACUGACGGUGUAACUUACACGAAUCGUUGUCAAAUGAGCCAAAGUAGCUGCCGCAAAAGGACGAAUACAGUGUUCAAGAGCGAAGGACCUUGUGAAAUAAAAGAUCCUUGUCAUAGUUUGAACUGUUCACUGGGUGCUCAGUGUGUAAGAAGUAGAGAUGGUACAAAAGCAACUUGUGAAUGUAUCAAAGCAUGUCCAAAUCUUGGUGAUCAUGAAGGUUCAGGACCAGUUUGUGGCACUGAUGGUGUUGAUUACCCCAGUGUUUGUGAAUUAAAUAAAACAUCAUGUGAAAAAAGUGCAAAUGUCACAGUUGCAUUCCAUGGAAAAUGUGAUCCUUGCAGUACAGUUGUAUGCUCAGAGCCAGAAGUGUGUCAACUAGAUGCAUCGAGACAGCCAGCUUGUCAUUGUGGUGAACAGUGUGGCUUAGAAUUUUCACCAGUAUGCGGUAGUAAUGGUAAAACUUACUCAAAUGAGUGUAGCCUGAGGCAGGAAGCUUGCAGAUCUAGAUUGCCACUCAGAAAAAUUUACAAUGGUGCAUGUAGCUCUGGUAAAAAUCCAUGUGAUGAUGCAAAAUGUAGUCAAGUACAGCAAUGUGCAAUUGAUCGUUAUGGAAUAACAAGAUGUGAAUGUGGACCAGAAUGUGAAACAAUAAUGAAGCCAGUAUGUGCAAGAGGUGGUACAACGUAUAAAUCACUAUGUGAACUCAAGAGACAAGCAUGUUUGAGUGAAAUGAACAUUGAUGUUGCUUAUACUGGUACCUGCGGAUCACGAGGACCUUGUUCAGAUAAGAUUUGUCAAUGGGGAGCUAUUUGUGCUGAGCAUAGUGGUACAGCUAUUUGUGAAUGUCCCACGUGUUCAGUUGAAUUCAAUCCAGUUUGUGGUGAUGAUGGAAUUAGCUAUGGAAAUGAGUGCAAGCUCAGAUUAGAAGCUUGUCAGCAUCAUCGAGAGAUUAAAGUACUUUAUCAGGGUCUUUGCAAUGGAUGUGAAAAUAAAAAGUGUGAACACUAUGGUAAAUGUGAAAGUGACAGUUCAGGCGAGGCAAAAUGCGUGUGUCCAACAAACUGCGAGGAUUCGGGAAAAGACAGCAAUUUCGUGGUGAAUAAAAUAUGUGGUAGUGAUGGAACGACAUAUGCAAGUGAAUGUGAUCUUAAAAAAACAUCUUGUAUGUCACAAAAACUCAUCACUGUCAACUUUGAGGGUGACUGCUCAUUAUGUAAUAAUGUUGACUGUGAAAAUGGUGCAAGAUGUUCAGCGGGUGAAUGUAUAUGCCCAGAAAGUUGUCCAGAUACAAGGGAUGAGCCUGUUUGUGGUACCGACGGAAAGACAUAUUCAUCCGAGUGUGAACUUCAGCGUGUUGCUUGUGAUAGACUUGAAACAAAACUUCCACGUCUGCAUGUAGCAUUCAAUGGAGAGUGUGGCGAGAAAUUUGCAGUUGCAGCACUAACAACAAUGUCAACAAUGUCUGUUACAAAAUUAGCAACAAUGAAUGUUGAUGUAACAACAACACAUGAACGUGAAGUAUGCAAAGAUAUACAUUGUGAUUUUGAAGCAACUUGUGAACUUGGACCAGAUAAAUUUCCUCGUUGUUCAUGUAAAUUUGAUUGUGCAUCAAUACCACCAGAAAAUAUGAUAUCUGUUUGUGGUAGUGAUCUCAAAAUUUAUUCAUCAAUUUGUGCUAUGAAAAUGGAAGCAUGUCAACGACAACAAGAAUUACGAUUACGUCCAUUGGAUCUUUGUCAAGGUAUGGAAGUGAAACCUUGCAAUGGUGAUCCACCAUUGAUUGAUGAUGAUGGAAAAGAGUAUGAUUGUGGAAGUGGACCAAGUAGACGAGAUUGUCCAAGUAAUAGUUAUUGUCAUCAAACAACUCGUUUUGCAAGAUGUUGUAAAAAAGUUCAAGGUAUUCAAAUUGUAAAAUGUGCUGAUUCAUGGCAUGGGUGUUGUCCUGAUGGUAAAACUGCUGCUCUUGGUCCUGAUGCUGCUGGUUGUCCAAGUGUUUGUAAUUGCAAUAGAUUAGGAAGUGCAUCAGAUACUUGUAAUCCAGAAACUGGACAAUGUGAAUGUCGUCCAGGUGUUGGUGGUCUUAAAUGUGAUAGAUGUAUGCCAGGUUAUUGGGGUUUACCAAAAAUAAGUGAAGGACAUCAAGGCUGUAUUCCUUGUGGAUGUUCACUUUUUGGCUCUGUCAGAGAAGAUUGUGAACAAAUGACAGGAAGAUGUGUUUGUAAACCAGACAUACAAGGACAAAAAUGUACAAUUUGUACUAAUCAUAAUAAAAUAUUAACACCAACUGGAUGUUAUGCAGUUGAUACAAGUCCUUCAAUUCCAAACAAUUGCAACGAGCUGGAAUGUUAUUCUGGUGGUCAUUGUUCAGAGAUAAGUGGACCACAUUGUGUUUGUUCAUCUUCAUGUCCAACUGAUGUUGCCUCAGUACCAGUAUGUGGUAGUGAUGGACAAACUUAUGACAACGAAUGCGAAUUACGUCUUUAUGCAUGUCGUCAUCAGGCUGAUGUUGUUACUCAAGCAUUUGGACGUUGCAGAGAUGAUCCAAUGGUGAACACAGAUUUUCCAUUGAAAAAAUAUACUGCUGUCCAGUACACCCAACCAGCAUCAGCCAUAUCUCCAUUGUCAAAAUCAACAAGGCAUCUUCUUGGACCAGAGCCAGAUUCACGCUAUUAUUAUACACAUCGUGCACAGCAAGAAACCAUCACCAUUGACCGUGACAAUCUUAAGCAAGGAAUUGCUGCUGCAUCAAGACCAACACCAGCAACAAUAAGAGUUGUAACAGCAUUACUUGGUGAUCUUUGUACUGAUGACAAAGAUUGUACAAUAUCAAAUAGUGAAUGUAUCAAUGGUGGGUGUAUUUGUGCUGAAGGAUAUUCCGAGACAAGUGAUCGUCUUGAGUGUUUUGCAAAUUACAUGACAGCAACACCAGCAACAGAAUCACGUGCAUGUUUGUCAUAUCCAUGUCAUUCAUCUUCAACAUGUAUUGAUUUACCAAGUUCAACAUUUGUCUGUAUAUGUCGUCCAAAUUAUACGGGUUUACUUUGUGAUGAAGAAAUCAACAAGAGAGAAUAUCAAGUUCCAUCAUUUGAUGGUAAAAGUUAUGUGAGAAUGAAUCGUCUAAAGGCAUAUCAUAAAUUUAGCAUUGAAAUUGAAUUUAAAACAUAUGCUGAAAAUGGUAUUAUACUUUAUGAUCAACAAAAAAAUGAUGGUAGUGGUGAUUUUGUAUCAUUGGCUAUUGUUAAUGGAUAUGUACAAUUUCGUUAUAAUCUUGGUAAUGGACCAGUUAUAUUAACAUCAAGUGAACGUGUUACAAUGAAAAAUUAUCAUCGUAUUGUUGCUAAAAGAUAUCACAAAGAUGGUGUAUUAAAAUUUAAUGAUGGUGAUGAUAUUGCUGGACAAAGUCAGGGUAUAUUAAAAUCACUUGAUCUUAAUUAUGAUACAUUUAUUGGUAAUGUACCAACAAAUUAUAGUCAAGUUUAUGAUAAUAUUGGUACAAAUAAAGGACUACUUGGUUGUAUUAAACAACUUAAAAUUAAUCGUGGUAAUAUUGAUCUUCAUAUUGGACAUGAUAAAGAUGUUUUAGAAACAUACAGAGUUAAAGAAUGUCUUGAUAAUGCAUGUGCUAAUUUACCAUGUCAAAAUGGUGCAACAUGUCAGCCAAUAUUUGAUGAAGAUUUAUGUAAUGGUAGAGAAUGUCAAAAUUUACAUAUUAAAAAUGAAAAAAAUAAACGUCGUGGUAUUAAUAAUGAAGAUGGUAUUAAUGUUGUUAAAUGUAAAAAUUCACAUUGUAAAACAGUUGAUAAAAUAAGAAAACAAAAACGUUCGAAAAAACAUUCUAAAAAACGUUGUACUUCUAAUGAUUGUGAUUAUGAUUUAAAUAUUAAUAUUAAUAAUGAUGAUGAUGAUGAUAAUAAUGAUGAUAAACAUAAUAAUAAUUAUUCAAUUGAUAAAAUAAAUAUACCAGAAUAUAAAUGUAUAUGUCCACCACAAUUUACUGGUUUAAAUUGUGAAAAUUCAUUGGAUCCAUGUAUUAAUGAGCCAUGUCAACAUGGUGCAACAUGUGAUAUAUUACCACAAGGUGGUUAUAUUUGUAAAUGUCCACCAGGACGUACUGGUGAACAUUGUGAAAUACUUGAUUCUGAAUUAACAGAAUUUUUAAUACCAGAAUUAAGUGGUGAUGGAUUUAUUGAAUUACCAUGUCUUGAAGGUAUAUCAAAAGCAUUUACAAUUGAAAUAUGGUUUUUAACAAAAACAACUGAUGGUUUACUUUUAUAUAAUGGACAAAUGAACAAUGGACGUGGUGAUUUUAUCAGUCUUAAUUUAGUUCAAGGAACAUUGGAAUUUAGAUUUAAUCUUGGUAGUGGAAUUGCCAAUAUAACAUCACCAGAUCUUGUCAGUUUAGAUACUUGGCAUUGUGCUAGGAUCAGUAGACUUGGUAGGGAGGGUUUACUUCAACUUGAUGAUGGUACAAUAUCACGUGGAUUUUCGGGAAAUCCAUUGACUGAACUCAAUCUUGAAAUGCCACUUUAUGUUGGUGGAGUUAAACACUGGAGAGAAGUUCAUCGACUUGCUGGUGCAUGGACUGGUCUUUCAGGUGGUGUACAAAGACUCAUGGUUAAUGGUAAAACAUAUCAAAAUCUUGCUGUUAAUUUUACACAACAUAAUACUGAAAUAUAUGAUGGAUUACCAUGUCCAAGCAAUGAAAAUCCUUGUCACAAUGGUGGUGUAUGUUUACCAUUAUUAAACAGUUAUCUUUGCAAGUGUGCUAGUAGUUACAAUGGACUUCAUUGUGAAUUUUUCAUGGGUUAUGAUGUUACUGGUGGAGAAAUAUCAGAUAGACCAGUAAGAUUUGACGGUGAUAAUUUUCUACAAUUUAAACAUCGCUAUGGCAGAAGUAAUACUAACACCACUUUUGGAUAUAACACAACUUCAUUUGAAUAUUACGAAGAUUCAUAUUCUGAUUAUGAAUUUGAAGAAGAUUUUGAUUUUGAAUAUGAUAAUUAUGAUUAUACCGAACGUAAAGGACAAGAAUCAAAUAAAUUUGAGCUUAGAUUACGUACAACACAUUCAGAGGGAAUAAUUGCCUGGAUUGGACGAGGAAAAAUUGAACAUUUAGUGUUAUCUCUUGAUGAAGGCCAUGUGGUACUUACAUACAAGGGUCGAAAUGAUCAAGUUAUCCUCAAAAGUAGAGAAAGAAUUGACGAUGGUAGAUUUCAUCAUAUCAAAGCAGCUAGACGACGAAAAGCAACAAUUAUACAAAUUGAUGAUGAACAACCAAAUAGGGUAGUUACUGAUACAACACGUUUAACAACAAAUGGUAAAUUAUUUAUUGGAGGUAAACCUGGACAUCGUGGUAUAAGAGGGUGUGUUACGGAUUUUAUCAUUGACAAACGACGGCUACCAUUGGCAAGACGAAAAAUUGAAUUUUGUCACGACAACGAUGUAUGAUAACAAUCAAUAAAUCCUACAACAUUUAAAUCUAAUUGGAUAAGAUAACGACAAACAAAAAAAAAAACAAGUCCGUUAAAUUCAAAAUAAUAAUUAAUUUAAUUUAUAUAUAUA